AUGCCAUCGAGACACAGUAGAUCAUCACAGUUAAGUUAAAAUGUUAUACAGAGUGGAAAAUGGUAAUGGUUCGUAUUUUUUAUUUACUUGUGUACUUGCUUGUAAAUAAAUCAAAUUGCAAUUUGUUUUGUUUAGGUUGACAUUUGAAUCCGUAAUGAUUAGAGGUUAUUUUUAUUAUGACCUUUUAUAUCAGAUAGUACUUUCUAUUGAACGUGUAAAAUAGUUACAAUAUUUUAAUUGUAUAACGCAAUUUGAUAAAAAGAACUUUAUUUGCAAUAUUCAUAGCAUAUUAAACUUCAAAACUACUUGCAUUCCUUUGGUUUAUUAUAGAUAAAAAUUAAACAAUUUUUUUCAAAAGUGUAUAAUAUGAAGAGAAUCAGUAAGAUUCUUAAUAAUGUUCAAUCAAAUAUACUAACUUGGGGUAAUCCAUUUAGCGACAAUGGACAAGAUGUAGUUAUUUGUAUAACAGGAAAUCCAGGACUGACUGAGUUUUACAUAGAUUUUGGUUCAGAAUUGUACAGAAGUUUACAGUUGCCUGUAUGUGUAUUAGGUCAUGCAGGUCAUGAAGGCAAUUGUUAUAACAAAUCAAAUGAAUCAAAAAAUGAUCUGACUUUAUUUGAUUUGCAAGGUCAACUUCAACACAAAUUGGAUUUUAUAGAAAAUCAUGUUAGUCAAACCAGUAAGAUACAUCUCGUUGGACAUUCCAUUGGUGCUUGGAUGAUUAUUGAAUUAUUACAGAAGAAUGAUAAAUUAAUGGACAAAGUUUUAUCUGUUAAUUUAUUGUUUCCUACAUUGCAAAGAAUGGCUGAAUCCAGAAAUGGUAUAUUUGUUAAUAAUGUUUUUAGAAAAUUUAAUUGGUUUAUAUUGUUUUUAUGUAAAUUGUUAUAUGUACUUCCAACAUUGGUAUUUCGUUAUAUUGUUUAUUUAUAUUUAAUGGCUACCUCAAUGCCAUAUUAUUAUUGUGAUACAAUCAUGCAAUUAGUUGAUCCUUCAGUGAUUGAAAAGGUUUUUUUUAUGGCUUUUGAUGAAAUGGACACAGUUAAAAAACUGAACAGAGAAGGCCUAAACAAAAUCAAACAUAUGACCAAUGUAAUAUAUGGGAAUAAAGAUAACUGGGCACCAUUAGAAUAUAUGGAGGACAUAAAAAAGUAUCAACCUUACAUUCAAAUGACUGAGACACACAACAUAGAACAUGCUUUUGUUAUAAAGUCAUCUGAGUGUGUUGCUGAUAUGGUAGCAAGUUUUAUUAAAUCUAAAGGCAUUAAAAAAAGUUAAAAUAUGUGCACUUAAAUUUAUUAAAAUAAUU